AUGACAACGAAAGGAACAACUGCUGCCACGGGAAUGACAACCAAAGCAGCAACUUCUCCAACAGGAGUGACAACUAAAAGAACAACUGCUGUAUUAUCAAGGGGGACAACCGUAGUAACCAGCGUUGAAACAAAGGCUACUGGUUUUGGGCCGGGUGUGAUGACGGUUUUGAUAUCAGCUGUGCCAGGUGUCGCCACACCAGGAGGUGCUCCUGGUGUUAGGCCAACUGGUGUGGUGAGUGAGGUAACAAGCAAGAUAUCAACUGCUGUAUCUGGAGUGAAAACCAAAGCAACAACUGCUGCACCUGGAAUCGUGACAAAAGUAACAUCUGCUGCACCUGGGGUUGCUACAGCUGCUUCAGCGACCGAAGUGAAGACGAAAGCAACAACCGCUAGGACUGGAGUGACAACCAAAGGAACAGCUGCUGCUCCAGGAAUUGUGACAAAAGUAACAUCUGCUGCACCUGGGGUUGCUACAGCUGCUCCAGCGACCGAAGUGGAGACGAAAGCAACAACGGUUAGGACUGGAGUGACAACCAAAGGAACAGGUGCUGCUCCAGGAAUUGUGACAAAAGUAACAUCUGCUGCACCUGGGGUUGCUACAGCUGCUCCAACGGCCGAAGUGAAGACAAAAGCAACAACGGUUAGGACUGGAGUGACAACCAAAGGAACAGCUGCUGCUCCAGGAAUUGUGACAAAAGUAACAUCUGCUGCACCUGGGGUUGCUACAGCUGCUCCAGCGACCGAAGUGAAGACGAAAGCAACAACGGCUAGGACUGGAGUGACAACCAAAGGAACAGGUGCUGCUCCAGGAAUUGUGACAAAAGUAACAUCUGCUGCACCUGGGGUUGCUACAGCUGCUCCAACGGCCGAAGUGAAGACAAAAGCAACAACGGUUAGGACUGGAGUGACAACCAAAGGAACAGCUGCUGCUCCAGGAAUUGUGACAAAAGUAACAUCUGCUGCACCUGGGGUUGCUACAGCUGCUCCAGCGACCGAAGUGGAGACGAAAGCAACAACGGUUAGGACUGGAGUGACAACCAAAGGAACAGGUGCUGCUCCAGGAAUUGUGACAAAAGUAACAUCUGCUGCACCUGGGGUUGCUACAGCUGCUCCAACGGCCGAAGUGAAGACAAAAGCAACAACGGUUAGGACUGGAGUGACAACCAAAGGAACAGCUGCUGCUCCAGGAAUUGUGACAAAAGUAACAUCUGCUGCACCUGGGGUUGCUCCAGCUGCUCCAGCGACCGAAGUGAAGACGAAAGCAACAACCGCUAUGACUGGAGUGACAACCAAAGGAACAGGUGCUGCUCCAGGAAUUGUGACAAAAGUAACAUCUGCUGCACCUGGGAUUGCUACAGCUGCUUCAGCGACCGAAGUGAAGACGAAAGCAACCAAACGCUAUGACUGGAGUGACAACCAAAGGAACAGGUGCUGCUCCAGGAAUUGUGACAAAAGUAACAUCUGCUGCAGCUGCAACUCGAAUGACCACCAAAACGAUAACUGUAGCACCAUCGUUCGUGACGCCCACACAUUGCCCAAGCGGGAUGGUAUGUAUCAUGAGUUAUAAAAUUGCCCUUUCCCUGAAGUGUUUACUAGUUCUUUUAGGGAAUGGGAUUUGGACGAGAAGACUCGUACAAAACGGGAAAGUGCGUUAAAAUGUGGCUAUAGGGUUUUCAAGGUUUGAGCUAUCAGUGGAUUGUAUUUUUCCACAACAGUUAGGACUAUGAAAGUGAGUAUAGGUAUAUUAGCACGGUAAAAGGGCUAGGUUAGGAGUUAUGUUUCUGACAUAAACGACCUACAAGCAACUACCUCGUACCCGGUUGUAUUAUAGCCAGAUUGUGCGAUCAACUGUAUAGUGUUUCUUCAAGCUUCACUAAAUUGGCUGUUAAUUGACUGGUAGGAUGCAAAUUUAUCUUUCAUUAACGUAAAAAAAUUAAAAUGUCCUUGUAUUAAUUGUGGGAGCGAUAUUCGACGUUUUAUAACCUUUUGAGCAUUUUUACAAUAGUUGAAAAAAUCAAUAUGCGGUGGAUAGGGCUAUCUGUCCUUUGUACACGACCGUGCAUAUACAGCUUUACGAAAAUAAAGCCUGAAAGAUGGCGCAGCAUGCUUACCAAUGUUCAAAGUAGCAGUAAUCUUGUUCUGUAGCUUGUGUCACGACCUAUCCCAUAUGCCAUGUGAAUGGUUAUGUAGUGUAUAAUAAAUUCAACUGCAAUUAAGAUACUUCAUUUUCUGACCAUCUAAUUAUUGAUCAUCUGAUAAUAUAUUUAUAUAUUACGUAUACGUUUUAUUUCAGGUGUUUACCAACUGUGUCCCAUCUUGUGAACCAUCUUGUCAAUAUCGAAAUGCUAGCUGUACCACUGCCAAUAAUGUAUGUAAGUCGGGAUGUACGUGUGCAGAGGGUUUGGUUUAUAACGGUACUCACUGCGUUGAACCUUCGGACUGUCCGUGUUACUACAAGAAUAUUUUCUAUAAAGCUGGUACGACCUGGCAUCAUAACUGCAGUGAGUGUAUCUGCUGGGAAAACAAGGCGAUGUGUACUCCACAAGUCUGUCCUUCUGUAUCUUUUUGUCCUUCACCAGAGUACGAGGUUAGCAGGAAAAAUUGCUGUAAUGUAUGCACCCCGGUUUCUGUUCCUCCGACAUUUGUACCUACAACUUCAGCACCAUGUAAAGAUGACGAAUUUUACUGUCCCUCUGAUAAAUCCUGUAUCUCAAAGACCUGGUUAUGUGAUGGUUCACAGGACUGUUCAAUAGGGGAAGAUGAGAAAAACUGUAGGAAUGUGACGCCUUGUAACACAACCAUAGGUAAGUUCGACUGUAAAGAAACACAUUUCAAAAGUGUUAUUUUCAGUACUGUAGGUUUGAUUUAUCGUUCACAUGGGACGGAAACUGUGCGAACUAGGGCACAGCUAAGGUUCCGUACGAAUUCCCGUCUAAACCAAUCUUGCUCAUUCGGUCUAGUUCAUUCGGUCUCACGCAAAAGUGAUCUAAUUUCUAAAUUAAACAGUUGCCGUAUGAUCCACUUAGUUCCUAAAUACAUUUUUACAAAACAUGGGAUGAAGCGCGUUUUUGUAUAUUGUAUUUAAGGUUACCCACACUACUUUUCCCGUUUGAGAUGUGGUAUUAUAUUUUAAAAUAGCAGCAUUCUGUUAAUAAAGUAUGUGACUAAUAACAGAUAUUAGAGCGUACAUAUUAGUAACCGAAGUACAGAUAUUCUGGUUAAUGUCAAAAACAUUUCCCUCGAUAUACUAUUGACUGUUUCACCGCAGGAGAGGUACAAGGUUAUCCCAAUGCUAGUUGGAGUAGGAAUGUAUCAAAGAGUGGAGAGGUACUAUAUUGUCUACAGAGAUACAAUAAUAGUUUGAUGUUCGAAGUCGAUCUUGGUUUUCUCUCGAAAGUAACAAUGAUUGGAUUUGAAGUUAAGAUGAUUGCUUCAAUUUAUCAAAAUUUUGAAGUGAAGUACAGUACAGAUGGUGUUAUAUGGAGUACCUACAACCAGGGAUGGAAUCUCACGGUAAGAUAUGUAUUUCACUAG